UCAUGGGCUAAGAACAAGGGCGUGGUGCAGUCUGGCCCGGCCAAACAGCUCCUGCUCUUGUCGCUGUUGCACAAGAAUGGGCGCUUGUCUCGAUCUCAGCUCACCACGCUCAAGGAUCUGGUGGUGGAGCGGAACGAUAGCGUGGGGUACGUGGUGCAGGUGUUUGAGCUCAUGGACGACGAUUUCGACGAGCUCGAGGACAACCUCAAGCACCUGUGCAAAUACGAGGAGGAGAGGCGGGCAGAGGAGGGAACCGUGGCCAGACCAUCGAUGGCCGCUGCCCACCAGGGAGGAGGCGCCUUCUCGUUUGCCUCGUCGUCGCCGCCGCCGGCUGGCCAGUUCGCUCUGUCGGCAGAAGCAGGAGGCCUCACCGAACUUGGCUGGUUGCGACACCUGGGUCCCGAGUUCGCGAAGCCCUACUUCCGCAGCCUUCUGGCAUCGGUCGCUGCCGAGCGGCAAGCGCACACGGUCUACCCUCCGGAGGAGAGCGUCUACAGCGCUUUCAAUUACACUCCACUCGACCAGGUGAAGGUGGUGAUCCUGGGUCAGGACCCGUACUUCAACGAGAACCAGGCCCACGGCCUCUCCUUCUCGGUGACCCGGGGCGUGGCGGUGCCGCCCUCCCUCAAGAAGAUCUACGCCGAGCUCGAGCGCAGCAUCCCCGGCUGGCGGCGCCCCAACCACGGCUGCCUCACCGAGUGGGCGCAGCGCGGCGUCCUGCUCCUCAACGCCACGUACACCCUCCUUUGCCGCACCUCAUGA